AUGGCGAGCAAUGCCCUCAAACAUGCUAUCGCACCCACAACGUUGCAGGAAGCGCAGACUGCUGCGCUUCUCACUAUGCUCAACCUCAAUGCUUCAGUAGACCAGUCAAUGUCAGCACCGUCCUCGGGGAGAUCUACUCCUACGCCAAAGCCACAGAAUUCCACAUCUGGCCCACUCGUGUGGAAGGUACUUGUGCUUGACCAGCAGACCAAGGACGUGCUUGCGACUGUGCUGCGCGUUCAAGAUCUACGAGAUGCCGGAGUCACCCUUCACGUGCAGCUUCACUCAUUACGCCCACCCCUUACCGAUGUGCCCGCAAUAUAUUUCGUGGCGCCCACCUUGGCGAACGUGCGGCGCAUAGCGGAGGAUUUGGAGAAGGGCCUGUAUGAGUCCUAUCACCUCAACUUUGUCGAACCCCUGUCCCGUGCACUCUUGGAGGAGCUUGCUGCGUCGUCUGCAAAGGAUGGUACUGGAGAACUGGUUGAACAGGUGCUCGACCAAUACCUGUCCUUUAUCUCGCCAUCCUCUUCGCUCUUCUCCCUUUGCUCACCCUUGCCACAACCCUCGCUUGCGCCUCAAGCUGGUCCACCGCUUGCGCCUCCUACCUCGUAUCAUAUCCUUAAUUCUCCAUCCUCACCAGAGGCUGCCAUCGAGGCCGAAAUUGAUCGCGUUGCGAAUGGUCUAUUCAGUGCCAUAGUCACUAUGGGUCACAUACCUAUCAUACGGGCCCCUCGAGGCAAUGCUGCCGAGAUGGUGGCCAAGAAGGUCGAAGUGAAGAUACGUGAUGCCCUGCUGUCGGCUUCGAGAUCACACGGCGCGACUCCAUCUUUGUUUGCCCAAGACACGUCUGGACUCUCUAAUCUGCAAAGACCGUUACUACUCGUACUCGACCGGAAUAUCGAUCUGGUAUCCAUGGUGUCCCAUGGUUGGACAUACCAAGCUCUGGUGUCUGACUGCUUGGAAAUCAAGCUGAACCGCGUUGUUGUUACUCAGCCACAGAAGCGCUCCUAUGACCUCGACUCCAAAGACUUCUUCUGGGCUCGCAACGCAGCAAAUCCCUUCCCACAGGUCGCAGAAGAUAUUGACACGGAGCUGAACAAGUACAAGCAGGAUGCGGCAGAGAUUACGCGUUCGACUGGUGUCAGCGACGUGAACGACAUAUCGCAGCUAGACAUGUCCUCGAAUGCUGCUCACUUGAAGACAGCUAUCACUCAGCUGCCAGAGUUGACGGCACGGAAAGCAACACUCGACACUCACAUGAACAUCGCCACCGCAUUGCUUGAACAGAUAAAGAAGCGAGGUCUGGACGAGUUGUUCAGUACAGAAGAAGCCAUCUCACGACAGACCACCGCCUCUAUUCUCGAGAUGCUCCGUGCCCCUCGGCCUGAUGGGAAUCUGACUGCUGAGGAUAAGCUUCGUCUCGUGUUGGUGUUCUUCUUGUCAUCUCCGGAUAACGCCAUUUCCAAAGAUGACAUCGCCGAGCUUGAGAAGGAACUUAAGACCGCGGGCGCGAACGUGGCUGCGUUUGAGUACGUGCGACGUACGAGGGAAAUCUCGCGCAUGUCCGUUGCUGCUACCGUCGGUGGCACGUCAACUCCCGUUGGCGGGCAAGGAGAGCUGUUCAGAGGUUUCUCAGCCUUUGGAAGCAAACUUACGGACAGGCUGAAAGAAGGUGGUCUGGACAACCUAAUCUCAGGUGUCAAGAACUUCCUCCCCGCUAACAAGUCACUCCCUGUUACGAGACUGACCGAAGCACUUAUGGACCCUGCUGCCGCAUCUAACCAAUCUCUGCAAGAAACAGACGAUUACUUAUUCUUGGACCCUCGGGCCCCCCGACAGGGUGGAGGCGCGAGUAACUUUGGCGGGGCAGCAGGAGCAGGCCGGGGCAAACGCAUGGCGUUCUCGGACGCAAUGGUUUUCAUGGUGGGUGGAGCAGGUUACGUUGAGUAUGGGAACUUGGAGGAAUGGGCAGGCAAGACUGGGAAGCGUGUCGCUUACGGUGGGACAGAGAUUGUCGACCCGGAAGGCUUCUUGCAGAUUCUCGAAGAGCUCGGGCAAGGAAGUUCAUAG